ACUGCCUUGAUUGGCGUGGUACAGCCCCUGCUCCUCGUCCAACGGCAGGCUCCCAAACAGAGGGAGAGAGGAGGGGAGAGAGAGAGAACAAGCCACACUACAGAUUUUCCAGAGGAAAACUUUUUCUAUUCUUCCAGUCCCGACUCGAGUCUGUCUCCAACUCCAACCGUUCAGCAGCUCUCCCUGGCCUCUCCCCCCUUUCUCUUUCUUUUAUCCUCUCUUCCCUUCAUCUCUCUUUCCUUCGGAUGUUUGUGCCGAUUAUGGAGGCCCCGUAACGGAGAACACGUUUUUCUCUCUCUUUAUUUCAUCCCUCCUUUUUCAUUUUGACUUCUUUCAAAUGCUUCCUGGUCCGUUGGUGUGGGCCGGGGGAAGGUUCCACUAUAUGGCCAGACGCUUGGGAAUAAAAUGCAGAGAUAAUAUCCUGAGCGAGCGUUCUGAUUGGCUGGGGAGGAGUAACGGCGCGGAUUCGGCCUAUGGCGGCAUACCGUUACCGGGCGCGCGGUGGUGGCGGGCGCUUGCGCCCACCACGGGGUAGGGGUGCCAUGGUAGGGACUGGGAGCUGGCUGACGGCGUGUUUCUUCCCGUCCUCCCGUGCAGGCAUUGAUAGCUCGGACCCUAUGGUGCUGGAGCAGUACGUGGUGGUGGCCAACUACGAGAGGCAGGAGAACUCUGAGAUCAGCCUGCAGGCUGGGGAGACGGUGGACGUGAUCGAGAAGAGCGAGAGCGGUUGGUGGUUCGUCAGUACAGCCGAGGAGCAGGGUUGGGUGCCGGCCACAUACCUGGACUCACAGAACGGCACUAGAGACGACCUGGAACUUAGCACCGUCAGGACAGGAGAAGUUACUAAGAGACGCAAGGCUCAUCUGAAGAGACUGGACCGCAGAUGGACCUUGGGGGGCAUAGUGAACCGCCAGCAGAGUCGAGAAGAGAAGUACACGACGGUGCAGCCGUACGCCAGCCAGGGGAAGGACGAGAUCGGCUUUGAGAAAGGGGUCACCGUGGAGGUCAUCCAAAAGAACCUGGAGGGCUGGUGGUACAUCAGGUACCUGGGGAAGGAGGGCUGGGCCCCAGCCUCAUACCUGAAGAAGAUGAAGGAGGACUUCUCAUCCUCGGGCAGGAAGAAGACCCCGACAGGCCCUGUGGAGAUCAUCGGCAACAUCAUGGAGAUCAGCAACCUGCUCCAGAAGAAGUCCAGCAGUGAGAAAGAUGUCCAAACGGAUGGAGAUUCCACCAGUCCUGAGCGCCACAUCUCCAAGAGUGAGAUCAGCCUGCCCAUGCCCUAUGCCCCAGGUUAUAACCCCAGCCCCGACCACGGCCCAGGUCCGAGUCCUGGGCUGAGUACUGGAUCUGGGAUGGGUACCUCCAGUCCUAGCCUGGGCCCUGGUGCUAGUGGCCCUCUACAGGACAGUAAGGGGAAGACAGAACCUGGUUCCCCUGCUGUAGCACGUGUCGCUCCACACAGAGUGUCGAUAGGCUCUCCCAACCUCCGACAAAAACCCCCUCCUAGAAGAGAAACAAAUCUGGGCUUCCAGUUACCCAAGCCACCAGAGCCCCCUACUGUGGAAGCGGAGUACUACACCAUCGCAGAGUUCCAGUCCUGCAUCUCUGAUGGCAUCAGUUUCCGUGGAGGACAAAAAGCUGACGUUAUAGAGAAGAACUCCGGGGGCUGGUGGUAUGUCCAGAUCGGGGAGACGGAGGGUUGGGCCCCCUGCUCCUACAUCGACAAACGCAAGAAGCCCAACCUCAGCCGACGAACCAGCACGCUUACUCGCCCCAAAGUCCCGCCCCCAGCUCCACCCGUCAAAAAGCAAGACUCAGAGGAGACGCCCUCACCUUCACCCAGUCACUCCAUCUCCUCAUCGUCCAAAGCCCCAGAAUUCCCUAGUCGGCCCGCAGUAUACGAGGAACCUGAAUACGACAUUCCCGCCGUUGGAUGCGAGGGCGAGUCAGACACAGAUUCCCUGAAGGGAGAGACAAUACAUCGCCCCCUGGAGGUGAAAAUCAACAAUGUGGUCUAUGAGAAGUACCGUAGUUCUCCUCCGGUCUGCAAGACCUCCCCUGUGAUUAUCAGCUAUAGAAGAAGGUCCUUCAGGUCCGUUGAAGAGAUGGCCAAGGAGGAAUGUAUCUAUGAGAAUGAUGGCUUCAGGCGCAGUAGUGGUGAUGAAGGGGCUUCGGCCAAAGGCUGCGGCGGUUCCAACUCCCCAAGGAUCUACCACUCCUCGACUGUACCCCGCAAACCCUCAGGAUCUUCACCUCUAGCAGGGGGAAAGCCAUUGAAGAAGGUCGCCCCAGAGCUGAGCCGGAGCCAGUCCUUAGCCAAAGCCGACACCAGCCCCAGGUCGUCCUCAGACGAAUCAGGUAGAGGUUCCAGGAGACCUCCAGGCAUCCGGACGGUGGAGCAAAGGAUAGGCCAGAGCCCCUCCACCAAGCUCAAGCCCUCAGUGAGGCCUAAACCUCUGCUCACCACCAAGUCAGAGCCACAGUGCUCUGAGAGGAUGGACAUCACUUCCCUGAGACGCCAGUUGAGGCCCACGGGACAACUCCGGCAUACCGUCCAUGGGCUCAAAGACACAGAGACGUCCUCUGUCAUCUCGUCGGAGGACUCCCAUUCUUCCCGCAACAGCACCUCAGACCUCUCUUCCAUCUACUCCAAGGGGAGCCGGGGAGAUUCUGAUCUGGAGGGGUUCAACCUAUACCGGACCACAGACGCCUACGACAAGGUCCAGGAGUCAGAGCUGAGCUUUCCACCUGGGGUGGAGGUGGAGGUCCUGGAGAGGCAGGAGAGUGGCUGGUGGUACAUUCGUUGGCGGGACGAGGAAGGCUGGGCGCCCACCUUCUACCUGGAGCCCAUCCACCAAGGGAGGGACGGCGGCGGUGGGUCCGAGUCUGACGGGCAGCGCUCUGGGUCGGGCAGCGGCACCGGGAGCAAGUCCAACAGCCUGGAGAAGAAUGAGCAGCGCGUGCUGGCGCUCAACGACAUCAACCUCCAGGGACUCACCAACCACCACCAGGUACACAACACCCCAGGGGGUCUGAGAUCGAGGAACAUUCCCCCCAUCCCCUCCAAGCCUCCGGGGGGCUUCUCCAAGCCGGCUGUGCUGGUUAACGGAGCUGUGAGAAUGAGGAACGGUGGGGUGAGACCGCAGUCCGCCGUCAGACCCCAGUCCGUGUUCGUGUCUGUGCCACAGCCCGCCAUGGACAGUCAACACUACAUGACGAGUUCCCUGAGGCGGAACGAGUCAUUGGCCGCCCACAACCAGUAUCGUACCGACCAGUACCGCUCCGGUUCCGCUACCCUCGGCGUGCGCCGUAACUCCUCUUUCAACGCAGUGCGUGCGCAACCCGUCACAGUCGAGACCCGAUCGAGACCCUCAGAGCGCUCUAUCACCACCAGGGGGUCUUCGGCGGAACGAUUUGGUGCCGGUGGCGGGACGGACGCCUUGAGCAGGGUUGGGGUUGUUGUGCAGCGUAAUGGUAUCCCCGUAACCACAGUCAGGCCCAAGCCUAUCGAGAAGAGCCAGCUGAUCCAUAACAACCUGGGGAGGGAGGUAUAUGUUUCCAUCGCUGACUACCGGGGGGACGAUGAGACCAUGGGCUUCCCUGAGGGCACCUGCCUGGAGGUUCUAGACAGGAACCCCAACGGGUGGUGGUACUGCCAGGUCCAAGAUGCCCUGCACCCCCGCAAGGGCUGGGUCCCCUCCAACUACCUAGAGAGGAAGAAGUAAUGGCCUAGUAAUAAUAACAAUGUCCCCCUUUGAUGAUGUCACUAAGAAUAUUGGUGAUGACAUCACUCCAUAAGAAUGUUACCCCACAAGAGCUACCACAAGCAAUAUGCUCCAAAUAUGUAAACAGAUGAUUGAUUCUGAAAGACUUUAUGUAAAAAAAACUAUAUGUUGUUUUAACCUUAUAAUGAGAAAGAGACACUUUUAUUUCUGGCUUACUAAAGUGUACACGUAAAAGACUAAAAGUCCAGAUUUUCGCGUGCGAUAUGGGAUAUAACGAGAGACUGAAAACAGGGUUGGCCACCCCCAGUGUUAGAAACACAAAUACGUUUUUGGAACUUUGGAACGAUUUGACACGACACCUUUUAGAAGGGGUUUACAUUAGAAAGAGAAGAUGGCUGGGCAAUGAUGGCAAGCCUUAUACCUGCCCUUGUGACUAUAAUGCCAAAUAGGUGCCUUUCGUAGAUGAUCAACUGAAUGGGGGUUCGAAGAAGUGGACGGAACACAUCAGUGAAUCAACAUCAUUACCAAAUGUAUUACUGUGCCAUAGGCCUAUGAGCAUGAAUACCACCAAAAUUAUUUUUGUAACGUUCAAGAGAAUCACUUGAGUAGGAGUGUUUUAAGAGCGUUACCGAGCGAAUAGGAUCAAUCUAGAGUGUUCAGAAUCAAAUAAGAAAAAAACAAGAGAACAGGAGAGAUAUCAGUGACUCUCAGUGAGUCACAAUUGACUCACUGAAAAUGACUAAUUGUUUGAUUAUCUUUUUUAGACAUUACUGUAUGUUUUGUUCUUUAAUGUCUCUGUGUGUCUUUCUGUCUGUCCUUAGAGAUGUAUUUCUGCUUUCUUGUGUAACACUCCACCGACAGCCCAGAAUUGGAAAGAGUCCAAGUUUCAUCUCUCGGAUAUUCGAUUCUCUGAAGUUCCACUGACGGAAUAUCUCUGUUGAGGUACACGUAAUUAGACAAACUUUGUAGUGUCACCCCGUUUUCGGAGUCCAACUUCUUAUUCUAUAUUUUCAACCAAGCCUACAGUAUCUUGCACACAAAUAAAGCCGAAACUUGUCAAGCUUGAAAUCUAAUCAAAGUACAGUUAUUGGGAAAUAAAUUCCAAUUGAAGGUGCUUUUCAGUUAAAACAUUUUUUUUUUUAACCUACCACCAAGAUAUUACUUUACACAAUAAGUUUUAGUAUUGUCUGUCUGUAUUAGUCCCAGACAAAUAUAUUUGUAUAUAUGCUUUACUGUAUACAGUAAAGCAACCGCAGUUGCACAGAAAAUAAGUACUGGAAAUAUGGCUUCAUAAUGAUCUUUGAAUCCCAGGGAUAUAUUUCCAUAGCCUCGAGCCCACAAUGUGAUCAAACCAAAGCAGAAUAUCAUUGCAUUGGCUAUUUUGUAGCUUUACUAUUGUAGCGAGUGCGCUGGGAGUCAGGGGGCAAGUUCAGGGAGUGUGUUUUAAUCAAUAAAUGUAACAUAAUACAGAACACAAACAACGCACCUACAAGAAACAGAAACAAUGGGGAAAGAACCAAAGCGAGGGAAAUAUAUAGGGCAGGUAAUCAAGGAGGUGAUGGAGUCCAGGUGAGUGUCUUUAUGCGCUAAUGCGCAUAACGAUGGUGCCUUAACGAGCAGCCUGGUGACCUAGAGGCCGGAGAGGAAUCACACGUGACAACUAUCUAUUUAUGGAUACAAAUAGCCCAAUACGGUGUAUUCUAAAAAAUAACUAAAACGAAGUUUAAAAACUGAAGAAUAAAAAAAUAUAUAUUUUGAUAACAUCUGGACUCAGUUAAUGUUCUGAACCCAAAUGAAAUAAUGUUGAAACAUGCGGAUAUUGCUGUGCAGUAUUGGUUCAUGUGGUAUGCAAGAACAUUUAUGUUCACUUCUUUGCUUUAAAAGUAGUUUGGUAUCUACUGGAUUUAGAAUAGUACUGCAGGACUAUUUUGAGUUAUUACUAUUUACUUAUACGUUUUCCCCAAACACAAAACUGAUAUUACUUCAAAACAAUCCCCAAUUGAAAAUCCAAAUGAAGUACUAUUUCAACUGGCUGGUGUUCAAGACUGCUGAAAUAUUUUUCUAACAGUGUGUGACAUUUUUUCAUGACAUUUUCUGCUGGACAGUAUUAUAGUAUUAAAGUAUUGUACCUGCUAGAUCGCAGUUAUAUCUGUUUUAGCCAACCAUAGUUGUUUGUUGUUGUUACAGUGUGAUCACACAUAGACAAUAAUGAAGAUUGAAGUUCCGUUUUUUGUGAAUUAAUGCACUUUAACACUUGUUUACAGUGCAUUAAUGUAAAGAUGCAGUUGAAAUACUCAGCAUAUUAUUUAUUGAUAAAAAAAAAAACUAUUUAAUAAGAGUAUUUUUUUACCUCAAGUUUUUCAACUCCUGUCUUUUCACAGGAAAAUAUCUCAGUCAUUAGAGGAUGCCAAAGCUCCUCACAAUAUAAUAAUUGGAUACUGUACAUGGUACUCUCUUGUGGGAGAUGAAUGCUACUGCAACAUACUUUUUUCCAUGUUGCCCUACAAACCGGCAGUUACAAUGCAAUACCAAAUGCACUGCUGGUCAGUGAAACUACCAACAACACAAUGCCUGUACAUAAUUGAAUGUUUUCAAAUUUUAAUGCAGCUAAGAGUUGUUGUUUUUUGUAGUUUGUACAUUUUUUUGUUCACUUUAUUCUAUUUGGCUAUCUUUUUUUCCAACCUUCUAAAUGACGUUUCCCCCCCCCCCCAUGCUGUGUGCUGCAACUAGCAAAAUCAUGGACACUUCCUUUCUCCUUAUUGGUCUGUACGUAAUGCCUGAUUCAAAUCAUAUUUAUUUUUGACCUAAUGUUUAUAUCUCCCAUUUCUGGUUUGACAAUCAAAUAUGUAUCCACUGCCUCACUAGACUGGACUAGACCUGUCAACCUAGUACAAAUGUCAAUAAUGUGUGAGAUACUGUAUCAUUUUUUGUUGUUGACAUUUCUACAGUCUAUUUGGUAUGAAUUUCAAGCAGUUGCAUACAGAUCUAUAGAAGCUGAAGUUAGUUCUGCUUCACAAAUGGAGGGUAUAAAAUGCUCUUUAUCUCACCCAUCAUAUCCCAUCUAAAGCAAUGGGAAUCAAUAAUUAGGUCUAUGUCAAGUACAACUACAGUUGAUACAGAACCCCCAAACAAUCUCCCUCCCACCCCUCGACGAAGGCAUUAUGUAAACGUGUUGAAUCACCCAUAACAUUUCGCUUCAGCACAUAUUAAUGCAUAUCGCUGUUGUUUAAUUGAGUACAAUUUACAUGGCUUCUCUGCCUGCGCUUGCAAAUUACAAGGGAAUUGUAAUGUGUCAAGCUUGACUUUUUCAUAUUUGGUAUUAUGUAUUUUUUUAAAUAUUUAAAAAAACAAACAUUUGUUCAAUGUUUUGGUCAAAAUGAUACAUUUUGUCUUAUUUGUUUGUCGUUUUCACCCCAUUGUAUUCGAACAUCUUUCAGAAAUGUAAUAACGAGGAAAUGUGCAAUAGAAAUAGGCAUCUUUAAAAAGCAUAGCUAUAGAAAAACAUGAUCAACAUCACCUCCUCUUUCAACAUGCCUAAGGAUAUAUGAUACAAAAAGAUAUUGUAUAUCCCUUAAUCCAUUCAAGCCAUCAUCGGUCAUGUAAAACACCUUUAGGUCAUGACUCAUUUCAGGUCCACUGCUUUUUUCAUAUUAGCCUUUUUCAAAACAGCAACAAUCUAAUGGCACUAAACAUACUCCAAUCCCAUUGGAGAUGCUUACUUCCAUUGAGCUACAGCACAACAUGUUGUGACAUGAUGGACAGGAUUUUUAACCAAUGGCCACAUAAGAAUCCCUUCUGGUCCUUCCUCCUGGCUAGCGUGUGUGGCUAGUGGACUGUGAAUGUCACCGGCAGAAGCCAAUGACCCGGGUUCCGACCUCGUUAACAUCUAGCUGUUCUCUACCACAGAUCCACAGCGGUAAGAGUUGUGUCAGCAUCGAGGGCCUCUAGGUACUCACCAGACUGCCUUCGAGCUGUCACGUUUGUGCCUGAACAAAAUGUUUUUGUUCUUGGAGUAUCUCUCUCCUCCAACUACUGUACGCAGAUGCCUCCAUGCCAUUUGAACACAAGCCAUGCCGGCCUCUUUCAACCCCGUUGCCAUGGCAAAAGUGACAUUUGGAGCCAUCACAAAUGUCAACCGCGUAAUGUCAACUGGGAGAGAGACUGUUAACCGGUAGUCUUGUAGGGAAACAGUGAUGUGUACUACAGGGCCAUCCUAGUUUAAUCCAUCCGCUUCCAAACCUAUACCUACCACCAAAUAUAAGAAAACACUGUUUUUAAUGUAUCUCUAUGUCCUCGAUUAAGCCCCAUGGGAAUUCAUUUCAGACUUGACCAUGUUCAGAAUGUUUAGAAUCGUCUGAGGAGAAAGAGAGAAAAUACUACAUGGGUUUGGUUCUUUGUCAACAGAUUACAACAGUGAUGUUCUUGAGGUCCACUAAAACUGGUUGGUUUAAAAGUUUCCUCUACAGAUGAUUUUUUUCACUUAUCCCCACAUAACAGUUAAGGUGCUUCGUGGCUUUGGAAGGUCUCGGUUCAUUUCCUUUCCCCUCCAGUGGGUUUUAUAGGGAAGAAACACACACACCCUUGAGUUUUAACUUUGGUGGAGGGUGCCAGUAGCACCCAUGCACGGGGCGACACACACACACACACACACACACACACACACACACACACACACACACACACACACACACACACACACACACACACACACACACACACACACACACACACACACACACACACACACACACACACAGACGAGGGAUGCCAUUCAUGUCAGAGGGAAUAGAUUAGAGCCUCUACCAUAUUUGCGAAUUCAGCCAAGUGAGACAGUCCCUGCUGACGCCACACUGCCUCGACUCUCUGCCCCCGCCUCCUUUCUCUCUUUUUAUUUUAACAAAUUGGCGGUCCUUCUCGAGCGUGACCUUCCCUUAAGCCUAGUAAUCCUAGAUAGCACCAGCCGGAAUGUACUUUUUCCUUCCCGGAUCUUUUUUUCUACUCUUCCUUUACUAGUGCCUCCUUGCUCACGCUUUGGCCUUUUCCACCAUACUUCCACCAUGUUCUUUUUCUUUCUUUCGCCUCAACCAAAGCUAGCAGUUCCCAGUGCCGAAAGCUAGUCACUUGAAGAAAGAAGAGAUUGGAUAUGUUGAGUGUAUCUAGUGUAUGAGGUUUGGGUCGUAGAAGCAGGUGAUGUGAGAUAUUGUGUGUUGGUGUGUUUGAGAGAGAGGACGUGCGCACUGUGAUGAGAUGGAUUGCGUGCGGGUGAGGUCAGGAGAAAGAUAGGAGGAGGUCAGGGAUGAGGUUGGUUGUGUGUGGGAUGCGUCGGGAAACCUGAGAUGGAUCAGAUUGUGGAUCGUAGAUGACAUGGCAAGAACGAGAGAACGAGACAGAGAUAGGGAACAAGAGAGAGUGAGAAUGAGAGAGAGAGAGACAGGAGCUGGAUACAGUUGUGGACAUUGUGCUCCUCUGUUCAUGCUGACUGGACUUCCAUUAAAACCAGUAGCAACAGCUUCCAUCAGAGACAAUGAAUAACACAUCAUACUUCCUCCUCAUCUCCCAUGGCUUUGGGCUAAUGAACUAUCCAAUGUACGAUGCGUGGCUGUGAAAUCUCUCAUUACCGAAAACACCAUUUUAAUUGCGGUAGUUAAAGGUUUGAAGGCCAGUAAUUCUCGCGCCAGUGGCGCCCUGAUAGCGCGGUAGCACAGCCACGAGGGGCUAAUCUACAACAAAUGAGAUUGCGGCUGUCGAAGAUGGAUAGAUGGUCUCACUCUUUGUCGCUCUCGUUCUGUCUCUCUCCGGCUUUUUAGCGGGUGGCAUAUUAAUCAUGUGUCUGAUUUAUUCGGCUUUAUAUAAUUUCCUGUGGUGAAGCUUCAACUUCUGUCUGAUGGCUUAUUCUGCCCUGGUGUGAAGGGAGAGGCUGGAGAGCCAGGUUAAUGAGAGAAAGGGUAGGAGGUGUGAUGUUUUGAGAAAGUUAGUAGUAAGUGUUUGUGAAAAGGGUGUGAGGUGUUUAACCUAAGGGUUGUUUUUAGUAGGUAUUUUUAACAUAACUUUUUUAGAGUGAAUUUUUUAUGUUGUUUGCUCAUGAAGGAAGUCAAUGAAUGAAAGAAAAGAAGAAGAAAAUGAGAGGGAUGAAAGCUUACUCAGUGCUAGAACUGAUGGUAACGCUUCAGACAGGUGGAAUGGGACUGCCGACUACGCCACGCUACGUUACUUAACACAACAGGUGGCGUUGGGGCAUUGCUUAGAAUGCUAAUGUAUUGCAUGGCUGAGGAAUGGUGCAUGCUGGUUCUUUUUUUGUGUUUCCUGCUGUGCUGAGACUCUCACUGUUUGACUUCCUGUUCUAAUUACUACUUUAUACUCUAAUUAACCCUCAGACAGAUACAUCAUGUCAUAUCACUCUUAGCAAUAACUGCUCACACUGCUUAAAACUACCUUCCUUUUUUUGUAUGGGUACCAAUAUGGACCAUAUUUAUUGCCACAUCCAUAUUUUCUGGAGGGAGGAUUUGUCGGAUAAAGAUGUGUGUCAUUUCAGGGGUCACCGAAUUCUUUUUAGUUUGCAUAGUCAAAAGUGUUGUUAUUACCUAAGAUCAGGCCUUCAUGAGCAUUCUCUGAUGCCAGUUAUAGUCUAAUUCCUAUUUACAGUAGAAAGUAGUGUGGCAAGUCUCCAACACUGUCACAAAAACCUAAUUUGUAGACAAGGCCUCAAACCAAAGUUAUACUCUCUAAACCUACGCUCUGUAAACCAUCUAGGUCCUUAUACCCAAACUUGAAACAAUAAUGACCCACUACCAGUAUGUCAACUCUGUUACAUCAUACCACCAAUGCUUCGAGUUGGACCAAAGGAGUUGCUAUAAUAUCUGUUUUUCUCUCUUUUUUAAAAAUUUGCAUUAUUCUUAUGCAACAUUUGUGUUCAACUCUAUAGAGACAACUAUAGAGACUAGUCCUGUUUUCAAAAGAAAGGUGUCGUGGGAGGAUGGAGUUCAAGAGAAACGUGUUUUCUGAUUCCUUUUGUAAAUGUCACUUGACGAGAGUCAUUCGGUGUGACAAGAUGUCAUGUUGUGUGACAAGGCGAUAAAGAAGCAGGACAUGUCAUGAUAUUACAAUGUGGCAUCAGUGAGUCAAUAAGUGUAUGUGAAAGUACAGCAAAUGUACAAAUAAUCCAAUCAGUCUCCUCUUCAACGGGAAACAUGGGAAUUGGUCUGUGUGCCAGCGGUUCGUUUUUGAAAACAGGGCCGUCCCUUUUUACCGUUCUCAUUUUGAAAAGCUUUGUGUUGUUGUUGUGUCUCGUUCAUGUUUCCAUUGUAUCUUGCAUUUUGCCCCUAAAGAGAAACACUAUUAAAUGUUUUACCUUUGUUUAA